AUGGAACCAAUAAGCAACGUUCUUACUGAUAAAAUUCCUCCACGACGUUCUGAGCUCUUCCUUAUCAAAAAGAUGAGAACGUUGUUUUUAUUAAUUGCCUACGUAUGCGUCGCAGCCUUUUUUGCCUGGAAACUAUAUAAACUGUGCCAACAUGAGACUAAACUAAUAUAUCAGAUGGACUAUGGUGACAUUUCUGCUCCGAGCUUCAAUGCAUUUGACUUGUCGUUUGUUAACCCUUUUAAUGACGAGGCUGCCUUAAUCGCAAUUGUCUUGGAAAUUACUAUAGUGGAUGCAAAGUAUAGUGGUAGCGAUGCGUAUCUGGCAGCGUGGUUUGGUGACAAAGAAACAAUUUCUGAUUUGCAAAAUGCGGCGUCACAAACUCCAAUAGGAUUGGAUUAUUAUUAUUACCUGGCUACGGCAGUUGUUGAUAACAAUUACUACCUCGCUAAAAACCAGUCGUACUUGUUUCUUUUUGAACGCAAAAUAUCCAAACCCCUCACUCAAAAUGCUUUAAACGUACUUUCUGGAAAAAGCGAUCAUAACACUAUAGCAACGAUAAGCAGCUUAUUUGUGUCAUAUCCCUACUACCUAAACGACGCAGGUUACGCAUCUGUAACAAUGAAACCCAAGUCUUAUAUGGUCGAAACAGAAACCGAAACCCCCAAUUUGUCAAUAAUCGAUUUGUUUAGUGCUGUGGGAGGUAUAUACGCAGCUACAAUAGCAACCUACAGAUGCUUAUACGGCGCCGAUAAAAUAGAUCCAUGGGGUUGGGUCCAAAAUUUUCCGUGUAUCCGCUACAGAGUUCGAUCUGCCCUCCGCGAUAGUCUAAGUCCUAAUAUACCAUUCACAAACACUGUAUUAACAAAAGAUUGUUCGAUCGACGAGAAAGUCAUAGCAAUAGAACAAAGACAGCUUGCACUGGAAUUAUUUUUAAGGGAAUAUGUUGUAAACGUAGACAACGGUGUAUAUGGCAAAAUUGCCGCGAUGAGCGUUGUUGACACUUCUGCGGAGAAGGAUGAUAUUGAGAUAACUUGA